AUGUCCGAUUCGAUCGAGAACAACCUCACGAUUAUCCUGACAACCUCUCCAACGCCUUCAAUACCAUCGACCGAGUUAAUAUGCGGCGUUCUCGGAUCUCUACCUCCUGCUCUCUCCUCCGCGGCGUUGGUCAUCACUUUCGACGGCUUCACAAUAUGCCAAAACGACAACUAUCUCGAUGGGCGACUGAAACGAGGUCAAAUUCCCUUGCGCAUGGCAGAGCUAUAUCCAGAAUAUGUCGAUAAUGUCAAACAACUCUUUCCGCCCGCAGAGAGGCCGUCAUCACUACAGGACGCCAAAACAGACGCUCUUGUCACCCACGUCCAACAUGCCGGACGUUCAGUAACAUUCGUCCAGCAUCAACGGUGUCAAGGAUUUGCGCUCAGUGUCAAGACAGCGCUCAAGUACUGCACCACGCCCUUUCUCAUGGUUCUUCAGCAUGACUGGGUAUUCGAGAUUGUACCCCCCUUUCAGCAUCUGCUGCGGAUAUUACACGACGAGCAGUCGGAUGUUGCGUACAUCACUUUCGUGGCCAGGCAUUCAAAACGAUACGAGCACGUCAGGGGAAAUACGAAUCAACGCUUCCGUGCCGUGCUCGACGCUGCCCGGACCAUUAGACAUGGACGACAACUCGAUUCAGACCUAGUCGCAUGCCUUCAUUUUUACGACCGACCUCAUAUUGCAACUGCUGAGCGGUAUCGUGAAAUAUUUGAGGGGAAUCCGCAGCUUCGGCGAGGUGAUUUCCUCGAAGACGCCAUUGGGACCAAAUAUUCGGAUGCCAUCGGCAAGGCUUCCUCAAAUGAAGAAGCUAUCCAGGCAUGGAAAAAGAUCGGGGCCUGGAUGACGGACGACUUUGACCGAGACACAGCAGAAGGCCAGAAUUGCGGCCUACAUCGAAGAAAAUAUCCGAGCAAGAGUGGAAGGCCGUCUGCCGAAGCGCCUUCGCCUCAUUGA